AUUGACUGAAUAUAGUUCUCUUUUUUCUUAUGAAUAUACAACCGAUAAUUUUUUACCAAAAUUCGUUUUACUUUCGUCUUAUUUACUUCACCGGAAACGAACUAAUUUCUGCCUUUUAACUCCGCGUAAGAAACAAGACUUGAAAAUGUGUGCGUCACCAGACUUGUUGUGGGGCAUCAUUAGAAACAAUUCCAGUUUCCUUCUUAAAGGCAGUGGACAGACCUACAGUCGGGAGGCCAAUAAUUUGAGAGCCCGUAAUUCAUUCAGAUACAAUGGAUUAAUCAACCGUAAAACUAUUGGUGUUGAACCAGCUAAAGAUGGCAAGGGAGUGGUUCUCGUAACAAAGAAAGGCGGAGUUAUGGGAAGACCUGGCAAAGCUUUCAACCGUAUUGAGUUGAAGAAGGGUGGACGUAAAACAUUGACAACCAUCAGAAACUCCGUCAGGAAGGGCCGCUACAGGAAAGAUCUUAAGAUGGCUGCAGUACGACGAGCCAGCGCCAUCCUCAAGAGUCAAAAGCCCGUUGCUGUCAGAAAAACUGUCCGUAAAAGGAAAGAUUAAUGUACAUAAACAUUACAAAAUAAAAUAAUGACAAAGAAA